GCUGCGUGUUUUCUCUUCUCAGUUGCUGAGGCGCCUGCUGCCCUCGUGGGUCAAGAGCCCCGCAGGGCCGUCGCCAGUUCCGCGGCCUGGGCCGUCUGUUCGCCGGCCGCAGGUGCGCGUGUCCGUAUCUCCAGCCCGCUGCUGCAGCCUCGGUCUCCUUGUCUCCCGCUCCGCCCUUCUCUUCUGGAUGAACUCUCGUCCUUUCUCCUCUCCGCCAUGGAAUUCCGCUCCGUGCUUCUAGCCCUCCAGAGCCAAAGAACCCCCAGACAACAGACGUCCAUACGCAGUGUAUAGCAGUAACUCCCCACCUGGAGAAUGGAAACUACCGUACCAACGCUGAGCACCAGUACUAUAGCUGCUACUACCGCUUCUGGUUCGUUGCACCUAUGGAUCCUCACCUUAGGCUUCAUCAUUGCAUUUGUCUUGGCAUUCUCUGUGGGUGCCAAUGAUGUAGCAAAUUCUUUUGGUACAGCUGUGGGUUCAGGUGUAGUGACCCUGAAGCAAGCCUGCAUCCUAGCUAGCUUCUUUGAAACAGUGGGCUCCGUCUUAUUGGGGGCCAAAGUGAGCGAAACCAUCCGGAAGGGCUUGAUUGACGUGGAGAUGUACAACUCGACCCAGGGGCUGCUGAUGGCCGGCUCAGUCAGUGCUAUGUUUGGUUCUGCUGUGUGGCAACUAGUGGCUUCGUUUUUGAAGCUCCCCAUUUCUGGGACCCAUUGUAUUGUUGGCGCAACCAUUGGUUUCUCCCUCGUGGCGAAGGGGCAGGAGGGUGUCAAGUGGUCUGAACUGAUAAAAAUUGUGAUGUCUUGGUUCGUGUCUCCACUGCUUUCUGGAAUUAUGUCUGGAAUACUAUUCUUCCUUGUCCGUGCAUUCAUUCUCCGUAAGGCAGAUCCAGUUCCUAAUGGUUUGCGAGCUUUGCCAGUUUUCUAUGCUUGCACAAUUGGGAUAAACCUCUUUUCCAUCAUGUAUACUGGAGCACCAUUGCUGGGCUUUGACAAACUUCCUCUGUGGGGUACCAUCCUCAUCUCGGUGGGAUGUGCAGUUUUCUGUGCGCUUAUCGUCUGGUUCUUUGUAUGUCCCAGGAUGAAGAGAAAAAUUGAACGAGAAAUUAAAUCUAGUCCUUCUGAAAGCCCCUUAAUGGAAAAAAAGAAUAGCUUGAAAGAAGACCAUGAAGAAACAAAGUUGUCUCUUGGUGAUGGUGAAAACAGGAAUCCUGUUUCGGAGGUAGGGUCAGCCACUGUGCCCCUCUGGGCUGUGGUGGAGGAGAGAACAGUUUCAUUCAAACUUGGAGACUUGGAGGAAGCUCCAGAACGGGAGAGGCUUCCCAGCAUGGACUUGAAAGAGGAAACCAGCAUAGACAGCACCAUGAAUGGUACAGUGGAGUUGCCUAAUGGAAACCUUGUCCAGUUCAAUCAGACUGUCAGCAACCAGAUAAACUCAAGUGGCCACUAUCAGUAUCACACUGUGCAUAAAGAUUCCGGCUUGUACAAAGAGCUGCUUCAUAAAUUACAUCUUGCCAAGGUGGGAGACUGCAUGGGGGACUCUGGUGACAAACCCUUGAGGCGCAAUAAUAGCUACACUUCAUAUACCAUGGCUAUAUGUGGCAUGCCUCUGGAUUCAUUCCGUGCCAAAGAAAGUGAACAGAAGGGUGAAGAAAUGGAGAAGCUGACAUGGCCUAACACAGACUCCAAGAAGCGAAUUCGAAUGGACAGUUACACCAGUUACUGCAAUGCUGUGUCUGACCUUCAUUCAGCGUCUGAAAUGGACAUGAGUGUCAAGGCAGAGAUGGGUCUGGGCGACCGAAAAGGAAGUAGUAGUUCUCUAGAAGAAUGGUAUGACCAGGAUAAGCCUGAAGUCUCUCUCCUCUUUCAGUUCCUGCAGAUCCUUACAGCCUGCUUCGGAUCCUUUGCCCAUGGUGGCAAUGAUGUCAGCAAUGCCAUCGGUCCUCUGGUUGCUUUAUAUCUGGUUUAUGAAACGGGAGAUGUUUCUUCAAAAGUGGCAACACCCAUAUGGCUUUUACUCUAUGGUGGUGUUGGUAUCUGUAUUGGCCUGUGGGUUUGGGGCAGGAGAGUUAUCCAGACCAUGGGGAAGGAUCUGACACCAAUCACACCCUCUAGUGGCUUCAGUAUUGAACUGGCAUCUGCCCUUACUGUGGUAAUCGCAUCAAAUAUUGGCCUGCCCAUCAGUACAACACAUUGUAAAGUGGGUUCUGUUGUAUCUGUUGGCUGGCUCCGAUCCAAGAAGGCAGUUGAUUGGCGACUUUUUCGUAACAUUUUUAUGGCCUGGUUUGUCACAGUCCCCAUUUCUGGUGUUAUCAGUGCUGCCAUCAUGGCAGUCUUCAAGUAUGUCAUCUUCAGAGUGUGAAGCUGUUCAAGAUUAAAAUUUGCAUCAAUGUUGGGACCACCUUACCCAUUCCUGCUCCCUUGCAUAAUGAUUACAGUGUUACCAAAGACUGAUGAGAGUCUUUAAAGUUUGGGAGCCAGGGGAGGGAAGUGUUACUUGUGCUAUAAUUGCUUUUGUGCUAAAUAUGACUUGUCUCAAAAUUAGCUAUGUACAAGAGCCAGGUUUCCACUGGUUCCUGCUGAGGUCCCCUUUCCUUCUGGGCUGUGAAUUCCUGUACAUAUUUCUCUACUUUUGUAUGAGGCUUCAGUUCCAUUAUGUUUUGAUGAUGUCUCUGAACAUAACUUGUGAUUUUUUUUUUUUUUUAAACCAUGCAGAGCCAUUUGACAGAGUGUACUUUGCUUUGUUGGUUUCACCAGCUUCUGCCCUAACAUGCACAGGGAUUAAACAACAAAAAAAUGUACUUAAGCUUCCAUUGUAGUCUCUUAUAUAAUAGAGUCAUUGGUACUCUGUCCUCCUGUCGGUAGUGGCAGGUUGUAUUGGCAGAUGUGGGAAUUUCUUAGAGGGAUGAGGUUCUUUGAACACAGUGAAAAUUUAGGUUUGUAACUUCUUUGCAAGCAGUUCAUUGACUAUUGCUAAGAAGAAGUAAGAAGAAAAGGCCUUUGGGCAAUCUUGGUUCAUUCUUUAAGAUUUCUGGCAGUGUGGGAUAGAUGAAUGAGUGGAAUUUGAACUCUGGGUAAGUUAAAUGGGACAGCCUUCCAUGUUCAUCUGUCUACCUCUUAACUGAAUAAAAAAGCCUACAGUUUUUAGA